AUGGCUGGUGAUGACAGUCUUCACAUGAGACCCACUGCUUGUGGCGAGGGGAAGAUAUGUUGUGUGGACGGCGGUGCCGGUGCUAGUGUAAGCAAACUGCUGCCUCCAGACUACGACAUCACCGAGGAGCCACAACCACCAGGAGGUCAACCAAUCGUGGUAGGAAUAAGCUGGUCGAUCAAGAACAUCUACGAAGUGAACUUUCGUGAAAUGUCUGUGCUCCUCUCCAUGUACUUUCGCAUGUCGUGGGCGGAACCCCGGCUUGUGGGCGUGCCCAGGGUAGACGCCCCCGGGGAGGGCAUGGUGCCCCUGCACUCUGAUCUCACCAAGCACGUGUGGAUACCUGACCUCUUCAUCCACGAGGCCAGGGAUAUCAAGUCCUUUAAGAUGAUCCAGGAGGUCCAAGGCGUAUAUCUACGUCCACCUAAUACCAUCUUCCUGUCCACGCUGUUACAGAUAUCGCUGGCUUGUCCUAUGUUCUUCUCAAAGUACCCGUUCGACGUACAGGGGUGUCUGAUGACUGUUACCUCUUACAAGUUCGAUGAGGACACACUGCGCCUGGAGUGGCUAGCCGAAGAGGUGUCGGCUGACCCAGGCAUCAGUAACCAGCUCCCCAACUACGAAUUCAGUCUUGAGUGGGACAACAUCUCCACCAAAUACUGGUGCUCCAACUGCUCCUUCGCUCCUUCAUCAAUGGGACAAGCACGGAUUAUACUAGUUCGUCGGUAUGGCCUCCACGUGCUGACCGUGUACGUUCCCUCUGCACUGUUCGUGGCGGUGGCUUGGGCGUCCUUCUUCUGGCCUCCUGAUGUGAUCCCUGGCCGCACUGUGCUCAUCAUCACGUCUCUCCUCACGGUCAUCUCUAUGUAUGCUGCCAUCGGGUAUAAAAGCCCAGAGACGAGCUACAUAAAAGCAGUGGACGUCUGGUUGUUUAUGUGUAUCGUUCAUGUGGUACUGACCUUAUUCCAGUAUGCUGUUGUAAUUACAAUUCAGAGAAAAGAAAAAGAGCUGAGAGUGAACUGUGUGGCUCCCAUGAAUGGUCAGUGUGUACGACACAACACUUCAAUCCCCCUCGGGAACGUUACAACACGACGCGAAUCCUCGACAACUUCGUCGCCGUUGUCAGCAGGAGAAGGUGGGCAGGACUCAACCGCUAUGUACGAACCGGAGAAGCGGAUGGCACCCAUCUCCCUGGUGUGGCAUCUACAGCUGGUGGAGAAUGUAGGCAAGAUAGGCAUACCCUUGAUCUUCUUCUUCUGUAACCUCGUCUACUGGUCAUACUACCUAUCCUGAGCUCUCAUACUCCUGCACCCCUGCAACGGUAACGCAGCAGGACUUGACGUAGGCGCUGUAGGAAGUGUCGCCCUUUGCAUUUUCAGAACCUUUGUAUCUAUCAUGUCUUACAAAGUUACUGACUAUAAAACAUGUUAAU